CAAAGCCCAGGGCCCGGGACCUGGAAAGUAGAAGCGGAGGAUUCAAUUCUCCGCGCGACUGAGUCGCUAGCGGCGGAGCUGGACGGGCUGGGAAGGCUUCGGCUCCUCGGCUGCGGCUCCAGCCCGGACGGCGCCGCGCAACUUUGCCAUCCUUCUGGCCCAGCCCCGGCUACAGGAGGGCCCCGCGGGCAGCGCGCGUAGUUCCUGGCACUUCCCGGCGGCGUCUCUUGUUGCCUGCGGGGGAACUGACUUCGCGUGCCCUCGGGCUGACCUGUCCGAGCCUGGACACCGGGACCAUGCACGCAGCUGAGACUCCCGGCUUAUCCUCGCGCUGGACGGGCAACUCCACCAGCUUCCAACCAGGACCGCCACCGCCGCGCCGGCUGCUGCUGCUGCUGCUGCUUCUCCUGUCACUGGUAAGCCGCGUCCCAGCACAGCCCGCUGCCUUCGGCAGGGCGUUGCUGUCCCCUGGUCUCGCGGGGGCUGCAGGGGUCCCUGCUGAGGAGGCCAUAGUGCUGGCGAACCGCGGACUCCGGGUGCCUUUCGGCCGUGAAGUCUGGCUGGAUCCCCUGCAUGACCUGGUGUUGCAGGUGCAGCCCGGGGACCGCUGCGCGGUUUCGGUACUAGACAACGACGCACUGGCCCAGCGACCGGGCCGCCUGAGUCCCAAGCGCUUCCCGUGCGAGUUCGGCCCCGGCGAGGUGCGCUACUCUCACCUGGGCGCGCGCAGCCCGUCUCGGGACCGCGUCCGGCUGCAGCUGCGCUAUGACGCGCCCGGAGGGGCGGUAGUGCUACCACUGGUACUGGAGGCGGAGGUGGUCUUCACCCAGCUGGAGGUUGUGACUCGGAACUUGCCUCUGGUCGUGGAAGAACUGCUGGGGACCAGCAAUGCCCUGGACGCGCGGAGCCUGGAGUUCGCCUACCAGCCCGAGACAGAGGAGUGCCGCGUGGGCAUCCUGUCCGGCUUGGGCGCGCUGCCUCGCUAUGGAGAACUCCUCCACUACCCGCAGGUCCCUGGAGGAGCCAGAGAGGGAGGCGCCCCGGAGCCUCUCCUGAUGGACUGCAAAGCUUUCCAGGAACUAGGCGUGCGCUAUCGCCACACAGCCGCCAGUCGCUCACCAAACAGGGACUGGAUGCCCAUGGUGGUGGAGCUGCGUUCACGAAGGGCACCUGUGGGCAGCCCCGCUUUGAAACGCGAGCACUUCCAGGUUCUGGUGAGGAUCCGAGGAGGGGCCGAGAACACUGCACCCAAGCCCAGUUUCGUGGCCAUGAUGAUGAUGGAGGUGGACCAGUUUGUAUUGACGGCCCUGACCCCAGACAUGCUGGCAGCCGAGGAUGCUGAGUCUCCCCCUGACCUGUUGAUCUUCAACCUUACCUCUCCAUUCCAGCCUGGCCAGGGCUACUUGGUGAGCACCGAUGACCGCAGCCUGCCCCUUUCCUCCUUCACUCAGAGGGAUCUGCGGCUCCUGAAGAUUGCCUACCAGCCCCCCUCUGAAGACUCCGACCAGGAGCGCCUCUUUGAACUGGAAUUGGAGGUCGUGGAUCUAGAAGGAGCAGCUUCAGACCCUUUUGCCUUCAUGGUAGUGGUGAAGCCCAUGAACACAAUGGCUCCGGUGGUCACCCGGAAUACCGGUCUUAUUCUCUAUGAGGGUCAGUCUCGGCCCCUCACAGGCCCUGCAGGCAGUGGUCCGCAAAACUUGGUCAUCAGCGAUGAGGAUGACCUAGAAGCAGUGCGGCUAGAGGUGGUGGCUGGGCUCCGGCAUGGUCAUCUUGUCAUUCCGGGUGCUUCCAGUGGCAGCUCUGCUCCCAAGAGCUUUACAGUGGCUGAGCUGGCAGCCGGCCAGGUGGUCUACCAGCAUGAUGAUAAAGACGGCUCGCUGAGCGACAACCUGGUGCUUCGCAUGGUGGAUGGAGGAGGCAGGCACCAGGUACAGUUUCUGUUCCCCAUCACCUUAGUGCCUGUGGAUGACCAGCCACCUGUUCUCAAUGCCAACACGGGGCUGACACUGGCAGAGGGUGAAACAGUGCCCAUUCCGCCCCUUUCCCUGAGUGCAACUGACAUGGAUUCAGAUGAUUCACUGCUGCUUUUUGUGCUGGAGUCACCCUUCUUAACUACGGGGCAUCUACUUCUCCGCCAAACUCACCCUCCCCAUGAGAAGCAGGAGCUUCUCAGAGGCCUUUGGAGGAAGGAGGGAGCAUUUUAUGAGCGAACAGUGACAGAGUGGCAGCAGCAGGACAUAACAGAGGGCAGGCUGUUCUAUAGACACUCUGGGCCCCAUAGUCCUAGGCCAGUCACAGACCAGUUCACAUUUAGAGUCCAGGAUAACCAUGACCCUCCUAAUCAGUCCGGGCUACACCGGUUUGUGAUACGUAUCCAUCCUGUGGAUCGCCUCCCUCCGGAGCUGGGCAGUGGCUGUCCCCUUCGUAUGAUGGUACAGGAAUCCCAGCUGACACCACUGAGGAAGAAGUGGCUGCGCUACACUGACCUAGACACAGAUGACCGAGAACUACGUUACACAGUGAUUCAGCCCCCCACAGACACAGACGAAAACCACCUGCCAGCCCCACUGGGUACCUUGGUCUUGACUGACAACCCCUCAGUUGUGGUGACCCAUUUUACCCAAGCCCAGAUCAACCAUCAUAAAAUUGCUUACAGACCCCCGGUUCAAGAACUGGGCGUGGCUACUCGAGUGGCCCAGUUCCAGUUCCAGGUGGAAGACCGAGCUGGGAAUGUGGCUCCAGGCACCUUUACCCUUUACUUGCAGCCCGUGGACAACCAGCCACCUGAGAUCCUCAACACUGGCUUCACUAUUCAGGAGAAGGGUCAGCACAUCCUGAGUGAGACAGAGUUGCACGUGAAUGAUGUAGACACUGAUGUUGCUCAUAUCUCUUUCACUGUCACUCAGGCACCCAAACAUGGCCACAUGAGAGUGUCUGGACAGAUCCUGCAUGUAGGUGGUCUCUUCCACUUGGAGGACAUAAAACAGGGCCGAGUUUCCUAUGCCCAUAAUGGGGACAAGUUCCUGACUGAUAGCUGCUCUUUGGAAGUCAGCGACAGACAUCAUGUGGUGCCCAUCACUCUCAGAGUGAAUGUCCGGCCAGUGGACGAUGAAGUGCCAGUACUGAGCCAUCCUACUGGCACUCUGGAGUCCUAUCUAGAUGUCUUAGAAAAUGGGGCUACUGAAAUCACUGCCAAUGUUAUGAAGGGGACCAAUGAGGAAACUGAUGACUUGAUGUUGACUUUCCUCUUGGAAGAUCCACCUUUGUAUGGGGAAAUCUUGGUCAAUGGCAUUCCAGCAGAGCAGUUUACUCAAAGGGACAUCUUGGAGGGCUCUGUUGUAUAUACCCACACCAGUGGUGAGAUAGGUCUAUUGCCUAAAGCGGAUUCUUUUAACCUGAGUCUGUCAGAUAUGUCUCAAGAAUGGAGAAUUGGUGGCAAUACUAUCCAAGGAGUUACUAUAUGGGUGACCAUCCUGCCUGUUGAUAGCCAGGCCCCAGAAAUCUCUGUAAGUGAACAGUUGAUAGUAAUGGAAGGUGAUAAAAGUGUUAUAACAUCAAUGCAUAUAAGUGCUGAAGAUAUUGACUCCCUGAAUGAUGACAUCUUGUGCACUAUAGUUAUUCAACCUACUUCAGGUUAUGUUGAAAACAUUUCUCCAGCACCAGGCUCUGAGAAAUCAAGAGCAGGGGUUGCCAUAAGUGCUUUCAAUUUGAAAGAUCUCAGGCAGGGCCACAUAAACUAUGUCCAGAGUGUCCAUAAAGGGGUGGAACCUGUGGAGGACCGAUUUAUAUUUCGUUGUUCUGAUGGCAUUAACUUUUCAGAGAGACAGUUCUUCCCCAUUGUAAUCAUUCCCACCAACGAUGAACAGCCAGAGAUGUUUAUGAGAGAAUUUAUGGUGAUGGAAGGCAUGAGUCUGGUAAUUGAUACACCCAUUCUCAAUGCUGCUGAUGCUGAUGUUCCCCUGGAUGAUUUAACUUUCACUAUUACCCAAUUCCCCACUCAUGGUCACAUCAUGAAUCAGCUGAUAAAUGGCACGGUUUUGGUCGAAAGUUUCACCUUGGACCAGAUCAUAGAGAGUUCCAGCAUUAUUUAUGAGCAUGAUGACUCUGAGACCCAGGAAGAUAGUUUUGUGAUUAAACUAACAGAUGGGAAGCACUCUGUGGAAAAGAUGGUCCUCAUUAUAGUUAUCCCUGUUGAUGAUGAGACGCCCAGAAUGACUGUCAAUAAUGGACUAGAAAUAGAAAUUGGGGAUACCAAGAUUAUCAACAACAAAAUAUUAAUGGCAACAGAUUUAGAUUCAGAAGACAAAUCUUUGGUUUAUAUUAUUCGUUAUGGGCCAGGACAUGGCUUAUUACAGAGACGAAAACCUACUGGUGCCUUUGAAAAUAUCACACUGGGCAUGAAUUUUACCCAGGAUGAAGUAGACAGAAACUUAAUUCAGUAUGUCCAUUUGGGGCGAGAGGGCAUUCGGGACCUAAUUAAAUUUGACGUGACUGAUGGAAUAAAUCCCCUCAUAGAUCGUUACUUUUAUGUGUCCAUCGGGAGCAUUGACAUUGUCUUCCCUGAUGUGAUAAGUAAGGGAGUGUCCUUGAAAGAAGGUGGCAAGGUCACUCUCACAACAGACCUACUAAGCACUAGUGACUUGAACAGCCCUGAUGAAAACUUGGUUUUUACCAUCACCAGGGCUCCCAUGCGAGGUCACCUGGAGUGCACAGAUCAGCCUGGAGUGUCCAUCACAUCUUUCACUCAGCUGCAACUGGCUGGAAACAAAAUCUACUACAUCCACACAGCUGAUGAUGAAGUGAAAAUGGACAGUUUUGAGUUUGAAGUCACCGAUGGACGUAACCCUGUCUUUCGGACAUUCCGUAUCUCCAUUAGCGAUGUGGACAAUAAAAAGCCAGUGGUCACCAUCCACAACCUGGUCAUCAGUGAAAGUGAAAACAAGCUGAUUACUCCUUUUGAGCUCACUGUUGAAGACAGAGAUACUCCUGACAAGCUCCUGAAAUUCACUAUCACCCAGGUGCCUAUUCAUGGCCAUCUCCUAUUCAACAAUACCAGACCUGUCAUGGUUUUUACCAAGCAAGACUUGAAUGAAAACUUAAUCAGCUACAAACAUGAUGGCACCGAGUCAAGUGAAGAUAGCUUCUCCUUCACAGUGACUGAUGGCACCCAUACAGACUUCUAUGUUUUUCCUGAUACGGUAUUUGAAACAAGGAGACCCCAAGUAAUGAAGAUCCAGGUCUUGGCUGUUGACAACAGUGUCCCCCAAAUCGCAGUGAAUAAGGGAGCCUCUACACUUCGCACUCUAGUCACUGGCCACUUGGGGUUCAUGAUCACAAGCAAAAUAUUGAAAGUGGAGGACAGAGACAGCCUGCACAUUUCUCUUAGGUUUAUUGUGACAGAGGCCCCUCAACAUGGAUAUCUCCUCAACCUGGACAAAGGCAACCACAGCAUUGCUCAGUUCACACAAGCUGACAUUGAUGACAUGAAAAUAUGCUAUGUCUUAAGAGAAGGGGCUAAUGCCACAAGUGAUGUGUUCUAUUUUGCAGUUGAAGAUGGUGGUGGAAACAAGUUAACAAGCCAGAAUUUUCGUCUGAAUUGGGCAUGGAUCUCCUUUGAAAAGGAGUACUACCUGAUCAAUGAGGACUCCAAAUUUCUAGAUGUUGUUCUUAAACGUAGAGGUUACUUGGGAGAAACUUCUUUUAUAAGUAUUGGCACAAGAGAUGGAACUGCAGAAAAAGACAAAGACUUCAAGGGCAAAGCACAGAAACAAGUGCAGUUCAACCCAGGCCAGACCAGGGCCACAUGGCGAGUGCGGAUCCUGAGUGAUGGGGAGCAUGAGCAGUCUGAAACCUUUCAAGUGGUCCUCUCAGAGCCCGUGCUGGCUGCCCUGGAAUUCCCCACUGUCGCCACUGUUGAGAUCAUUGAUCCAGGAGAUGAAUCAACUGUAUUUAUUCCCCAGUCCAAAUACUCCAUUGAAGAAGAUGUUGGUGAGCUGUUCAUUCCCAUCAGGAGGGGUGGAGAUGUGAGCCAGGAGUUGAUGGUGGUCUGUUAUACCCAACAAGGAACAGCAACUGGAACUGUGCCGACUUCCGUGUUGUCUUACUCUGAUUACAUAUCCAGGCCUGAGGACCACACCAGUGUUGUCCGCUUUGACAAAGAUGAACGGGAGAAACUGUGUCGGAUAGUCAUAAUUGAUGACUCUUUGUACGAGGAGGAGGAAACCUUCCAUGUCCUUCUGAGCAUGCCCAUGGCGGGGAGAAUCGGAUCAGAGUUCCCAGGGGCUCAAGUUACAAUCGUUCCUGACAAAGAUGAUGAACCCAUCUUCUACUUUGGUGAUGUGGAAUACUCUGUGGAUGAGAGUGCUGGCUACGUAGAAGUGCAGGUGUGGAGAACAGGCACUGACCUGUCCAAGUCUUCUAGUGUCACAGUGAGGUCUCGGAAAACAGAUCCUCCCUCUGCAGAUGCUGGAACAGACUAUGUGGGCAUCAGCUGUAAUUUAGAUUUUGCACCUGGAGUCAGCAUGCAACCUGUUCGUGUUGUCAUUCUGGAUGACCUUGGACAACCAGUGCUGGAGGGAAUUGAGAAAUUUGAACUGGUGCUUCGUAUGCCUAUGAACGCAGCCCUUGGCGAGCCCAGCAAAGCCACAGUGUCCAUAAAUGACUCUGUCUCUGAUUUGCCUAAGAUGCAAUUCAAAGAACGAAUAUAUACUGGCAGCGAAAGUGAUGGGCAGAUAAUUACAAUGAUCCAUAGGAGUGGGGAUGUCCAGUACAGAUCUUCAGUGAGAUGCUACACCCGGCAGGGGUCUGCACAGGUGAUGAUGGACUUUGAAGAACGCCCAAACACUGAUAUCUCCAUUAUCACAUUCCUCCCUGGUGAGACUGAAAAGCCCUGCAUUCUUGAGCUGGUGGACGAUGUGCUCUAUGAGGAGGCAGAGGAGCUCCGCCUGGUACUCGGCACUCCACAAAGCAACUCUCCCUUUGGGGCUGCAGUUGGUGAACAAAACGAAACUCUCAUAAGGAUCCGAGAUGAUGCUGACAAGACUGUUAUUAAAUUUGGAGAAACCAAAUUUAGUGUCACUGAACCCAAAGAACCUGGAAAGUCGGUGGUUAUAAGAAUUCCAGUGAUUCGCCAAGGAGACACUUCAAAGGUUUCCAUUGUGCGAGUCCACACCAAGGAUGGCUCGGCCACCUCUGGAGAAGACUACCACCCUGUGUCAGAAGAAAUUGAGUUUAAGAAAGGGGAAACCCAGCACGUGGUUGAAAUCGAAGUUGUCUCUGACGGGGUGAGAGAGAUGAGAGAGGCCUUCACUGUUCACCUAAAACCUGAUGAAAAUAUGAUAGCAGAGACGCAGGUGACGAAAGCCAUUGUGUACAUAGAAGAAAUGAGCAGCAUGGCAGAUGUCACUUUUCCUUCUGUCCCUCAAAUUGUAUCCCUGUUGAUGUAUGAUGACACUUCCAAAGCUAAGGAGAGUGCUGAACCCAUGUCUGGCUAUCCUGUCAUCUGUAUCACAGCUUGCAACCCCAAAUAUUCAGACUAUGAUAAAACAGGCUCUAUCUGUGCAAGUGAGAACAUCAAUGACACUUUGACCCGGUACCGGUGGCUGAUUAGUGCACCUGCGGGCCCUGAUGGUGUGACCAGCCCUAUGAGAGAAGUGGACUUCGACACCUUUUUUACAUCAUCCAAGAUGGUCACACUGGACUCCAUAUACUUUCAGCCUGGCUCCCGGGUACAGUGCGCAGCUCGUGCUGUGAACACCAAUGGGGAUGAAGGCCUGGAGCUCAUGAGCCCUAUUGUAACCAUCAGUAGAGAAGAAGGUCUUUGUCAGCCCCGUGUACCUGGGGUUGUUGGAGCAGAGCCGUUCUCAGCUAAAUUACGCUACACAGGCCCUGAGGAUCCAGACUACACAAACCUCAUCAAGCUCACUGUCACAAUGCCACACAUAGAUGGCAUGCUCCCUGUGAUCUCCACUAGAGAGCUUUCCAACUUUGAGCUCACCCUCAGCCCUGAUGGUACAAGAGUUGGAAACCACAAGUGCUCCAACCUCCUGGAUUAUACUGAAGUGAAGACUCACUAUGGUUUCUUGACUGAUGCUACCAAAAAUCCGGAAAUAAUUGGAGAGACAUAUCCUUACCAGUACAGCUUGCCUAUCAGAGGUCCCAAUACCUUACGCUUCUACCGGAACCUGAACCUAGAGGCCUGUUUAUGGGAGUUCGUUAGCUACUAUGACAUGUCAGAACUCCUUGCUGACUGUGGUGGCACCAUUGGAACGGAUGGACAGGUCCUAAACCUAGUGCAGUCCUAUGUGACCCUUCGAGUCCCUCUGUAUGUUUCCUACGUGUUCCAUUCCCCCGUGGGGGUAGGAGGCUGGCAGCAUUUUGACUUGAAGUCAGAGCUUCGUCUCACUUUUGUGUACGACACUGCCAUCUUGUGGAAUGAUGGAAUUGGCAGCCCCCCAGAGGCUGAACUUCAAGGUUCUCUCUAUCCAACCAGCAUGCGCAUCGGUGAUGAGGGGCGCUUGGCCGUGCACUUCAAGACAGAGGCUCAGUUCCAUGGCUUAUUUGUGCUGUCACAUCCCGCAUCCUUUACAAGCUCAGUGAUUAUGUCAGCUGAUCAUCCAGGCCUGACAUUUUCCCUCCGCCUCAUAAGGAGUGAACCAACCUAUAACCAGCCAGUACAGCAGUGGAGCUUUGUCUCUGACUUUGCCGUACGUGACUAUUCAGGGACCUAUACUGUGAAGCUGGUGCCAUGCGCUGCCCCAUCACAUCAGGAAUACCGCCUGCCAGUCACCUGCAACCCCAGAGAGCCUGUCACCUUUGACCUUGACAUCAGAUUCCAACAGGUCAGUGAUCCAGUGGCUGCUGAGUUUAGCUUGAACACCCAAAUGUACCUGCUCUCUAAGAAGAGUCUCUGGUUGUCUGAUGGAUCCAUGGGAUUCGGGCAAGAGAGUGAUGUUGCUUUUGCAGAAGGUGAUAUAAUUUACGGUCGUGUCAUGGUGGAUCCUGUCCAGAACCUGGGUGACUCCUUUUACUGCAGCAUUGAGAAGGUGUUUCUAUGCACUGGAGCUGAUGGCUAUGUUCCCAAGUAUAGUCCAACGAAUGCAGAAUAUGGCUGCUUAGCCGACUCUCCUUCACUCUUAUAUAGAUUUAAAAUUGUGGACAAAGCUCAGCCAGAGACACAAGCGACCAGUUUUGGAAAUGUCCUAUUUAAUGCCAAACUAGCAGUGGAUGACCCUGAAGCCAUUCUCUUAGUGAAUCAGCCUGGAUCUGAUGGAUUUAAAGUCGACUCAACACCACUCUUUCAGGUCGCUCUGGGCCGAGAAUGGUAUAUACAUACGAUCUAUACAGUAAGAUCAAAAAACAAUGCCAAUCGAGGUAUUGGCAAAAGAAGUGUGGAGUACCAUUCUCUGGUGAGUCAAGGAAAGCCCCAAUCCACCACCAACAUCCGGAAGAAGAGAGAAAUCAGGAGCACACCCUCGCUGGCAUGGGAGAUUGGUGCUGAAAACAAUCGAGGAACAAACAUCAGGCACAUUGCCCUGGACCGCACCAAGAGGCAGAUCCCCCAUGGGAGAGUACCUCCGGAUGGCAUCCUUCCCUGGGAGCUCAACAGCCCCAGCUCUGCAGUCAGCCUGGUCACUGUAGUGGGAGGCACCACGGUGGGGUUACUCACCAUCUGCCUCACUGUCAUCGCAGUGCUGAUGUGCAGGGGCAAGGGAAGUUUCAGGGGGAAGGAUGCCCCGAAAGGCUCCAGCAGCAAGCCCAUGGUGCCCCCACAGAGCCAUCACAAUGACAGCUCAGAAGUUUGAUGACCGCAGGCGGAAUUCAACCUUUUCCUUAAGUGCCUCAGAAAAGAUCACGAUGGAACCCUAAAUACUUCUGGUAAACCACAGAGAAUGGAGGACAUCUAUGAUGAAGCUGCUCAGCGAAUAUGACUGUACUAAUGUAGUUUGAUUUGAAUUCUCCAUACUCUUUUAUGCAUCAAAGGACAAAUAAAGACACCUUUCCUCUUGCCCCGAAGGCAGCAACAACGUACUCACAUGUACACAGAGCCAUGGAUAGAUGGUGAGGAAUGUAUUCCUCAUUUUAAACAUAUUCUCUAUGCAGUGGAGAAAAAUCUAUUAAAAGGUGCUAACAGACCCUCUUACAAGUGUAAAAGGAGUCUACUGUUGCUAUGUUAGUGUGAAUGUUGAAGGUGCAAUUAUCACAUUGUUUAUUCAUUGUAUAACAGAUUAUUACUAGAAAGGUUUUCGUUGCUAGUCUGGAAAACUGGUGAACACACUGUUUAUUAUGACAAGUUUUCAAAUAGGUGAAGACAGCGUAGAAUUAUGACCCGGGUGGCUCAACCCACAAAUCAACUGAUCUACUACUUGGGAGACAGUGGAAGGAAGGAUAGAGGGAAGGAAGUUCACUCACUUGAAUUUGAAUUGCUUCUCAUUCUCAUCAGACCCUCCUUGUUUUGUUUGCGUAUUUAAUUUUAAAUUAAACCAAAGAAUAUGUUAAUUCU